GCACUAAACUCCAUUUCAGGAAGUUACCAGUGCGAUAAAAAGGGGCAUAUCAAACGAUAGGAGGACUGUGUAUUGUUUAUACUUUGAGGAGAUCUAUAAAACGCCAUUAAAAUGUCGGGAUUUGACGAUAACCCAUUUGCAGAUUCGUCCAAUGUCAACCCUUUCCAAGAUCCCUCAGUUACACAAGUGACCAACUCUGGUGUAGACCACAUUGAGCAAUUCAACCCUUUCCCAGACCAUCAGACGGCUGGCCUAUCAGGGCCCACCAUUCCGGCUUCCACCACCCUUUCCCAGCCUGCCGUGCUCCAGCCGUCCACAGAGCCCGGCCCAAAGGCCACGGCGGCUGCAGCCCAGGCCAGCCUGCUGAGGCAGCAGGAGGAGCUGGAGAGGAAGGCUGCAGACCUGGAUCGCAGAGAGCAGGCACUUCAGAGCAGGGGAGCCUCCACAGGCAAAGAAAACAACUGGCCACCUCUUCCCAAGAUCUUUCCCAUCAAGCCUUGCUUCUACCAGGACUUCUCAGAGGAGAUUCCCGUGGAGUACCAGAAGGUCUGCAAGAUGAUUUACUAUCUGUGGAUGUUCCACUGCGUGACUCUGUUCCUCAACCUGCUGGCAUGUUUGGCCUACUUCACUGCGGAUUCCGCGUAUGGCGUGGACUUUGGCCUGUCCAUCCUCUGGUUCAUCCUGUUCGCCCCCUGCUCCUUCCUCUGCUGGUACAGACCCGUCUACAAGGCCUUCAAGACGGACAGCUCCUUCAGUUUCUUCUUGUUCUUCUUUGUGUUCUUCUGCCAAGUGGUGUUGUUCGUCAUCCAGUCUGUGGGCAUCCCCAAGUGGGGAAACAGUGGUUGGAUCGCCUCGUUCACCAUCAUCAGCACCAACAAGGCAGUGGGAGCCAUCAUGAUCGUGGUGGCUUGCUUCUUCACCGUCUGCGCUGUGCUGUCAGUCAUCCUACUGAAGAUGGUGCACAGCCAGUACCGGCGUACCGGGGCCAGCUUCCAGAAGGCCCAGCAGGAGUUCUCCCAGGGCGUGCUCACCAACAAGUCCUUCCAGACGGCCGCCACCUCCGCAGCCUCCUCCGCCGCCUCCGGAGCUUUUCAGGGGAACAACUAGACCCAGGCCCGGGCUAACUUAAACCCCAGAUACGCCCUUCCCCUCUUCCAUCCAUCCAACGCCCACCAACACACCACCUUUCUGGGAUGGGGAUGGAUCCCCCACAACCUGCUGUCAGCAAUCCCUUAUAGGUCAUACCAUGGAGCCUCCGUCGAAGAAACCAUCAUUGACUUGACCAGCAGUCUGUCUGCUGGGGCUUCCGUAAGGUCUGAUCUGAGAUCUGUUAUUUUUUUUAAAUAUAUGAGCUGUGGUCACCUGACAGCCCCCAACCCCCCCCCCAAAAAAAGGGCACUUGAGUAGGAAAUUGUCCCCGCUGUGCUUUUUCAGAAUGGAAAGUCGAAUGAUUGCGAAAUCUUGCGGUGUUUUUCAGUAUGUGUGCACUUUUUCUUUUUUGCAAUGUCCUCUGUUCGCGUAUGUGUCGAUGUUCUCUUUUAGGUGCGUGUGUGUCCUGGUCGUGUCAUAGAGAAGAUGCCGUGUUUUGUUUGCUUUAUGCUUGUUGUCAAUUCAGUCUUUGUAUAUUCCUGGCCGCAUGUCUGACUGUGUUGUAAAAGUAACCACAUGUUGGGACUCCCAACGAUGGUGGCUUUUCAGCAUCCUUCAAUUUCAACGUGCUAAUGAAGAGAAUGAGUGUUUGCGUUCAGUAGAGUGAUACCUGAAUGAAAAGCAUCAUGCAUGAAGUUUAGUUUAGUGGGCACUCAGUCUAGAAGAACUAUGAUAAUCACCUAGGUUAUUAGUUACCAGGGCUACUGUAAUUAUUAAAUGCACAUUUGCCAUUAUACUUGCGCAUCACAAUCUAAUGUCCUUUUCAGAUUUACACCAUUUCGUUAGCCUUUUUCAGACAGUUCUCGUCAAAACGAGGUACUUUGGUUUUCAGUCUUUUCACGUUGUAGAAAGUGCCUUCUGUGUUUGUCGUCUGCUUAUUGGCUUUGGCAAUGAGAGACUGGUGUUGUGUAAGAAUGGGUUGAAUAUAGGUCGGUUUGUCAGUAUAUACUGUCCCAUACAACUUAAAGGGACAGUUCACCCCGAAACCAAAGUUUUGUCGUUUUCAUAUCCUCAAAAUGGUCUAUUUCACAAUGUCUGUGAUAUCACUACACAUGCAUUCAAAGAAACUUGUCGGCCUCAAUCUCAAACCAAUGGGGAUCUUAGUGCAGAUAGAAUAGACUCUGCUUACAAUUUAAAGGCCCACUCUGUGAUAGUCACACCUUUUACGGUAUGGUGGCAUCUGGCAAACUUGGAUUUUGGCGUGGACUCCACCUUUAACCAAAGCCGUGACCUGUGCCUUGACCAAAGCCUUGACCAAUGCCUGUGUGAGGUGUCACCUAUUGAGUUUGCCUCUGUUGCCAUUGGUUCCUACGGUAACCAAGCCUUAACCUUUUUUAUGGGAAAAAUGACAUGAUUGAAGGAAGAAUUGAAAGAGAAUUGAGACAAAUACCUUUUCGUAGUAUCGUGUCGACCCGUGUCGUGUUUUCUUUUCACAUUAUUCUUUCCAGUACGGUUCAGUCAACUAUGGGGGAUGAGUAACCAGGCCAGUGCAGUACAGCUCAGUUUAGCUCAGUAGUGUGAAAAAGGUAUCGGUUAGACUGACAUUCCUAAUCCUAACUACAAAUGAUUGCUUUGUUGUAUUCUAUGGAUUUGCCACUAAGACUAAACGUGAAAAAUGCGAAAUAGAUUUUUCUCCACUUUGAUUUAAAAAAUAUAUAUACUUCAGGGGGAAGUGGUUGUCAGUCAAAGCUGGAUAAGGUAGUGCUGAGUGGUUAAAAAAAAUAAAAGUAAAGUAUUUCUUAAUAACCAGGUUUCCAUCCAACUUUUUGUAUGACUGUAAAGUAGAUGUUUUAUUUUUUAUUUUUAUUUUUUUAAAUAUCGACAGAACAAAAAACUCUAGACAAGGUGGGCUCUUUCUGUGUGAAUGAAAUGAAUUACGCGAGCAAUAGAGGUGAAUAAUAACCAUCAUAUCGAGAGAAAAAAACAACUUGAGUCAUGUUGUGUGUUCCUCCCACUACUGCUCGUUGAGAAAUGCAGUUUAUUCGGCUAUAGAUGAAAUAAAUGAUGAUGAACUUCACAUGGUGGUGAAAGUGCAAGGUGAUGAGCUUGAUGCUCCUUUCCAAUAAAUAUCGAGGGUCUUAUUUUGGUGAUGCUUGGCUGCUGUUUGACAAACAUAAUCUUGCUCUUUUUGUCCAUUUUAAUAAUCUCAUCGUGUAGUAGGCUAUACCUGCACUGUAUCUGCGAGCUGUUGGCUAGAGCACACGUGCCAAAACCAGAAUGGGCACAUUCUCUAUGUAACGCAACGUUUGUUGUGACAAAUCAGUAGAGUUGAAAAUACGAUGAAAACAUAUUCCUUUUUUUUUUUUCUUUAAAAAGAAAAUGGGAAUUUAUCCGCAAAAGUUAUUUUUAUGUCCAAUAUGUCAUCGCGCCCAGCAUUUUAUCCACAACUCAAUUUGAUGGAAACGUAACUCCUGUGGGAAAAUGUGUGUAUUGUUUUUGUGCGGAUUUUUGAAUAUUCUGAUGAAAAUCUGUCGUCAAUUGGAUGGAAACCUAGCUACUGUAACAGAAUAGAUUUUUCCCUAAGUUUCCUAGAGGAAGACCAGCACCUAAAUGAUUUGUGAAUGGAUUGAUGUAAACUAUCUAUUUUGUCAUUUUCAUUUGUCACCUUCACAAGAGUAUGUAUUCAUUGUCUGUUUAAAUGUAACAAUUGUCUGAGAUCAACUAAGCAAAUCAAUAACUCUUAUGAAGAAUGUAAUAUUCAAGCUAAUGGUUUACUAAUGGGUAAAUAUUUAAUUUUCUGAAUCAUUGUUACUUGAUAUUGAAAUAUAUUUAGUUUUCUUAAUAUCUGUGUGAAUAUGACCAUUUGCCUGCAAUGUAUUGGGAGUGGAGAAGUAUAUAUUGCCUUUUGUAUUUCAAUGUUAAUAGACACUAAGUUAACUAUCUAAUAAAAAUGGUUGCUUUAA